UUCAGCUGUCACUGACGGUAACUCAGAGCAGGCUUAGAAAUCACUUGAUUUAACUCAGCAGCACUUUUUUUCUUUGUGUAUGUGUUACUCUAGCAGUCCUCUCUAAUACUGGAGGCAUUAGAUUUCAUGUCAACAGACAGAAUCAAAAAUUGCCAAAACUGUAAUCAGUUAGAAAUAGUUAAUUUGUAGGAUUUUAUACUAUACAGGGAAAAAGUUUCAAUUUGCUUUGAAAUGAAAGAAUUAAGUCAUGUUUUUAGCCAAAUGAAUUGGCAUCUUUAUAUUUAGAAAAUUAUUUAUUUUAAGAAUCAUGACUAAGAAAAACUUGGAAGUUCUUUAGAGGAGUACAUGCUUACACUCAAGGAUAGGAUCUAUCUGCACCUACCUAUGUGUUUCUAAGUGUCUCGUGAAGACAAUUUAAGGUGACUGGCCAAGGGAAGAAAGUGCCUCGAGUCACAGCCAUACUGCUAGUACCAUGUCUACCACACAAAGAAAAGGCAGCAGCCACCUGUUCAGUGUGCGCACGUGUGAGCUGAAGCUGCAGGAGGACCAGCCACAGCAAGAAAAAUCUGUCAUUGCUCAACCAGUAUUUGUUUUUGAAAAGGGAGAGCAAACUUUUAAGAGACCUGCAGAAGAUACCCUGUAUGAAGCAGCAGAACUCGAAUGUAACGGUUUUUCAAGAAAGCGUGUACGGUCUUCAUCUUUUACUUUGCAUACUACAGAUUCUCAGUCCCUGGGAGUGAGGAAAAACAACGUUUUUAUGACAUCAAUUCGUGUGCAAAGUAAUGUUGAUGAAAACAGUGCAGAACAAGGUCCUGUGAAGCAUUCUGAACAUGUUCUCAGACCUGCUACUUUGCAGCCACCUCCAGUUCAAAGCUGUGAAAAAGUAAGAAAAACAUUUGGACACGGCGGUGUGUUGGAAUCCUGUAGGACUAAAGAAAAAGCAAAAAAUAAGGUUUCCGAGGAGAAUUCCUAUUUGCUAAGUGAAAAUUUACCAAGUGCCAGAAUUUCAGUCCAGCUGUCUACUAACCAGCAUUUUUUAGGUGCAACAUCAGGAGGAUGUCAACCAAAUGAAGAUAAAUGUUCUUUUAAAAGCUGCAGUUUCAACUUUGUUUUUGGAGAAAACAUGGUAGAAAGAGUUUUGGACACUCAAAAACUCACCCAGCCUCAAUCCGAAAAUGAUUCAUAUUCCAAGGAAAAACCACUCAAAUCCACUCUGAAAUUUCCUAUCAACUCUUUAAAUUCAAGAACAAACUCUAUUAAAAAUACAACCUUAAUUGAAUCAGCUGCUGCUUUCUCUUCCCAACCACCACAAAAAUGUUUGCUGGAGAAAAUUGAUGUUAUAACAGGGGAGGAAGAAGAACAUAACGUGUUGAAGAUCAACUGCAAGCUUUUUAUAUUCAACAAAACAACACAAUCCUGGAUUGAAAGAGGCAGAGGAACUUUGAGACUGAAUGACACAGCAAGCAGUGACUGUGGAACAUUACAGUCAAGACUAAUUAUGCGAAAUCAAGGCAGUCUGAGGCUGAUCCUCAACAGCAAACUGUGGGCUCAAAUGAAGAUUCAAAGAGCAAACCACAAAAAUUUACGAAUAACAGCUACUGAUUUAGAAGACUAUAACAUCAAAAUAUUUUUAAUUCAGGCCAGUGCCAAAGAUACAAGAUAUCUGUAUGCAGCAAUACAUCAUCGUCUUGUUGCACUUCAAAGCUUCAAUAAGCAAAAAGAUGUCAAUCAAGCUGAAAGGCAGUCAGAAACAGUCCAACAAUUAAACUGUGAUAGCUGUGAUGAGGAUGAGGAUGAUUUUACCCAAGUCACUAAAAAUAGAUCAGAUCCUUCUAGGUGGAACUACAGACAGUCGGUUGCCUGUUCAUGAGCACUACCUACUAUAAACAUGACAACAUCUACAAAAAGAUUGGUCACCCUACUGAAAAUACUAAACCAUCCUAACUAAUUGAGAAGAUCUAUUCAUUUCUUGAAAAGUUUUAAUAGAAAGCUUAGGAAAUGUGACUUGUUGCAAUUAAAAUUUUUCUCUUAUGUUUUAUAUUUUACAUUUUGAUUACAGUGGAGAAAAAUGACAGAAUUUAAGAAAUAAAUGGACUUCAGAAGUUCAAAAUUUAUCAUUUUUGAAGAAGUCAAUUUAGAAUAGAAUUUGAUAACUAAUUGGGACUAUUCAUCACAUUGAUGGAUAUAAUACUUAAAAUCAUAUAUUGCUAGAUUUGAUAAAUAGCUAACAAAAAUGUUUAUUUUUUAGUCAUACAUUGGCCAGAAAACAAAUAUUUUACUAAAUUUUCAGAGUCAUUACUUUGAAAAACACUAUAAUUACACAAUAAUAUUUCAUUAAAUCAUGUUUAUCCUCCAGAAAAUGUAUAUUUUCAUUUAACCUUUGGAUUUCCUAAUACUAUAAGCUUAUUAUAUAUUCACAGUAUAAAUUCCUUUAAAAAGAGCAUUUGUUCUUGGAGUUGUAUUUAUUUUAUUGUGUAUAUACUUGAGUUAUGGUCAGCAUGCAAUAGUUGAAUAAAUGAACAAAAUAUAUUACGUAAGUAUCAAAAUGCCAAAUAUUUUAACUUGCUGUUCUUUGUUUAUGUAAUUAAAUUGUCAUUAAUAUUCUAGUAGGUGUGGCUGUAUAAGGACCUUUCUUGAACACAUGUACCAUAUAUAGCCAAAUGAAUCUUUUUAUUAAACAGCAUUAGAGAAUUUAGUAAUUUAAACAAUUGUGCAACAGACUUUUGAUGCUAUACUUUGAAAUGUUUCAGAGAUACUUCAUGAAACGAUUCUUUCUUUCACACAAGAAAAUAGCUAUAUUUCAUUUUUCAAUCCAGUUUGAUCACCCCAUGGUUUCAAAAUGACUUUUGAUUGUGACCCCUAUACAAUUCUACUUAGGAGGUAAAAAUUCACAAUUAGAAAAUGAUUUCUGAAAAUGUUCUGAACAAUGGCAACAUAUUUGGAAUAGGUAUAACUUCACAAAGUGAUCUUUGAAGAACAAUAUGCAUUUGGAAGUAUACACGUGAAUAUAUCUUUAAAAGUUAUAUUAAUUUAUUAUAAUACCUUUUAUAUAAUAAUAAAUAUAAUUACAUAUGUAUGUAUUUAUUAAGUCAAACCUCAGCUAAUGCCUGAAAGUUUAGUACACGAACGUUGAAUUAACUUUUAGGUCAUGAUUUAGUAAGUUAAUUGUACAAUUUGCUCUUUCCUUAUAACUAAGUAACUACAA